AUGCCGAUAUCCCGCUGCAUAUGGCUGCCGAACUCCAGGAUAGGGGAUUGGGAAAGCAAUGGAAGAAAGACUCCCAUACUUCUCCACCCUACAGAAAAAUUCCAAUACCUUCUGUAUGGGAGCUCGGCGCUGGGAGGGUUCCUCCUCCUGCUUGUCCUCAUUCUGUUCACCUGCCUGUGCCGGAUCCAUAAGAGAGUGAAGAGACUGGAAAGGAACAGGGUGAGUCUGGGGCAGGAGCUCCAUUAUGCAUCUCUACAGAAGCUGCCAGUGUCCAGCAGUGACAUCACAGACAGAGAGGAGGGCGAAGACAUGAAGGAGGACCCCAGCACUGACUAUGCCUGCAUCGCCAAGAACAAACCCACCUGAGCACCCCAAAAUGCCUCCCCCGACCUGGGUGGAUGGUCAAAGUCACCCUGUGUUCGCUUAGUAAAGACUGGUUCCCUA